CGAACAUCGAAGAAGGUUUCCUAGCUAGAUUUCCUUUGUUUUGUACAGAAUAUGGCUGCCAUAUUUAGUUUAGAUGUCUCUUUUAAAAAGUGUUAUAGAAUUUGUCCUAAAUAUGCAGUAAUAUUAUAGCAAGUUAUUGCUAGAUUGGUGAAUAUAAACGGUAAAAUGUGUUAAAGUUAUUAGAAAGUUCUUUAAAAGCUUCGCAGUGUUGGUUUUGGUAAAAAAUGUUACUGUUUACAUCCUUCUUCGAAUACUUACAUUUCAUUUUAAGCAUUUUCAGGAAACUGUAGUGACCUGGAUACCAGAAAUUCAAUUUCAAAGGGUGGUGGUGGGGAUGCCACUCAUUACACAUUAAAUCAGACAACAGUGGAAGAGAAGAAAAAUGUCUCAGCUACUAGUGCUUCUGGAACGAUGAGUGUUUGUUUUGAAUCAUCAAAUGUACUCACCAAUGUGGUGAGUACAUCUUCAGAGACUUCAUUAGAAGAAAAUGUUCCAAUUACUAGUGUUAUGAGUCAACCCACAGUGGGUACAACAGUAGUGCAGCCAAUUGUAUCCAAUACAAUUUCAACAAGUAGUGAUAAAAAUGAGCAGCCCCCUCUUCCAACAAAGAGCAUUGCAAAGCUUGUUGUAGCUAAUGCAGCAGCUAGCACUAGUUCUGUUCUCCAGAAGGUUGUUAAUCCUCCAGUUAUAACAGUUUUGAAUCCAACAGGACCUUUGACAGUGGUGAAGACUUUAUGUGUUACUUCUGGAGUAUCUAGUACUCCACAGUUCACCUUAGUAAAUUCAGCACCUUUGAAUGUCACUAAUGCUGUUGGAGGAAAACCACCUACUAUCACCCUUCUUAAUGCACCUGUGACGGUUGUUAAGGCAAUAACAACACCACAAAAUGUGGAGAAAAAUUUAUCAGAAGCAGCCACUACAGGGACCCCAAGCAAUACACCUGUCUCGACAAUUAUUGAAAAUAGAGCACACAAUGUUUUUGUUAAAAAUACUUGCCCAGAUUCAACUGUUGUGGAUAUUCCACAGAGCCAUAAAAUAUUGACAACAAAUAAUUUUCCCCAAACAAAUGUUAUAACAAAUUCUCAGACAAAAACAUUAAAUGGGCAAAGAAACAAGGUUAAAAUUGUAAGCAAUGUGGUAGUUCCUGGAACUUCACAAACAAACAACAAUGUUUUGAUGAACAAAUCUAAUCAACAGCGCUAUAUUCCAAGACAAACAGUUAUGGGUCCAAAUGGCGCAACUACAAAGUACCUAAACAAGCCUUCUGCAAGUAAUUUUGUAAAACCUAAUGUUAGUUCUUCAAUGAAGAUAGUACAGGAUAAGUCUCCAACUAGGAUGAAUUAUCCUACUCAUAAGAAUCAAAUUAAAACACUUCCUCCUGUAAAUAAUUACUUACAGAAACCACAUCAACAUAGUAUAAAAACAAUAUCACCCCAAAAUAAAAAUAUUCCAGGUCAAGUUACCAGGACUGGAUCUGGAUUAAGGACUAUUCCUCCUCAGAAGUCACAUAAAUUAUCUAAUAAACCAAAUUAUAUUGGCAAACAUGCAGUUCAAGCACAGAAAGGAAAACCACCACAUAAUAAAGUGAAAGGAAUCAAAUUACCUAGUAAUGCCCAUUAUAAUGUUAAUGUGCCACCAAUGCCUGACAAACACUUAAGUGAGCUAACAUUUAACCAGGCGUUGACUGCACAAAUAAUAGAGACCCUAAGUAAUUCUAGUAGCACUGUGCAAAAUAGUAGAUAUGAUAUGCCUUCAAGAUAUGACAGUGCAUUUACUUGUCCAGAGAUGAAAAAACCACAUAGUGAACCUUGCAAAUCUACAGAAGAUUCAAAUAAAUCUGGUCUGGAUGCAUUAUCUGUAAUGUGUCAAGCAGUAUUAUUAGAUCACAAUUAUCAUGCAACUUUACCACCAGACUCCCCAAUAAGACCAUCUCCUACAAUAACUAUUCCUCCACAAGUAAAUGGUAUAUCUCAACCUUCCAUAUAUUCACCAGGAUCAUCAAAACGGCGACCAAUGCCAAUGUCCAGCACAGUAACUUCUCCGCCUAUCUCAAAUGUAUCCAGCAUGUCAAUGAUUCCAGUAAGUAACUCUAUGUUGCCUGUCCAUGAUGACGAUGCUGCAUCAGAUAUUUCAGAUGGAUCUGACCGCAAACAUGACACUGAAGGAGAAGAAACUGAUACUGCCCCUGAAGCAGAAGCUGUCAAUAAUGAGAAUAUUGAUGGUUAUGGAGACUAUGUAACGAGAUGUAUUUGUGGUUUUCUCCAUGAUGAUGGUUACAUGGUAGAGUGUGAUAAAUGCAAAGUAUGGCAACAUGUACAAUGUGUUGUGAAAAACCGACAGGUUCCAGAUGAAUACUUGUGUGAGGAAUGUGAUCCAUCAAAGCCUAUAGAUAGACAGAAAGCUCGUGGUAUUCAGCAACAAUGGAUGAGGGAGAGACAGUUUGCAGAUCCCAAAUUAAGGAAGGAUCCAAAAAUAAAGGAGGCGUUUAAACCAAAGGAAACUGUUACUGAUACAGAUUCUUCUGAUGGAGAACAUGUACCUCCAAGUUUUCCUACUAAAAAUAGAGUAUUGGCAAACAGGAGAAAGCUCGAAAAUCAUGCUAAACAAGCUGCUAUUCGACAGCGACGAGAAGCAGCUAAAGAAGCAGCUCAAAAAAGACAGAAACGGAAAGAGCGGAAAAUUGUGAGGAAAAAGACAAAAGUUCCAGUGAAACAUAGUGAUGAUGAAAAUCAGGACACUUGGGCGAUCCAUCUUCCUCAACUCAGACAGUGGAUAGAAAAAUAUGAGGAGGCUGUCACAAACCAUUACUCUCCUGAGUUAAGAGCGAGAAUAUCGAGCAUUAGGGUGAAUGGUGCUCAUUCUGAAUCAAACGUUCAAUUUGACCCAACAUCCAACAAAAGUCGGGUGCAUACUCAACCUCUCACAGAAAUCAAAUACUUAGUUGCCACAGCACAUCUCCCUCCUAAUACAUUUGUUGUUGAAUUAAUGGGUAAAUAUAUGCUGUCGACGCAGCAUCGAAAUUCCGGCGGUUCUCUAACGACACGACAACAUUCUCAAAGGCCAGGACCGUUUUUGUUCUUUUAUCGACUGCACAAGGACAAUACGGAAGUAUGUGUCGAUACAAGGACAUACGGUAACACGACUCGAUUUAUCAGGCGUUCUUGUAAGCCAAAUGCAGAGUUAAGGCAUUGUAUCGAAAAGGGUGCUUUACAUAUUUAUGUAGCGACGACGACGACGGUUGACAAAAAUUUUGAGCUGACAAUCAAACACGAAUCUCAUGAUCUGGCAGCCAUAGGAACGACGAGUAUUGCCUGUGCUUGUGGGAACGCUGAAGAAUGUGGUGUCAAUAGGACAUCUGUAAAGAAAAAUGGAGAUGUUGUGGAGGUCCCCGUCCGAAAAAGGAGAGGUCGUCGAGUUACUUCUGCAAGUCUUCCAGAACCUGAUCCACCCAAACCAGUUAAGGAAGAACCCCCUCCAGUUGUAUCACCUCCUCCAGCACCACCAUCUCCUGUAAAACCCAAAAUCGAAAAGUUAAAAGAAGAAGAAAAAGUUGAGCAUAUUGUAAAGGAAGAAGUAAAAGAAGAGGUUCCUGAAGAUCCUGUUCCAGAAAUUCAGAAUCCAGAACCUGUAAAAGAAGAAAUAAAAGAAGAGGUCAAAGAGGAGGUGAUAAUAAAGGAAGAACCAUUAGCAGUAGAGAUUAAAAAGGAGGAAGAAGAAGUAGAGGAGCAACCAGAAGAACCUGAUAAUGAAAAAUCUCUGGAAGAAAUCAAGAGUCCUCCCCCUACACCCGUAUCUACCAGAAGGGCUUCCCAUAAAACUGACAAGGAAGAUGAUAAAUCUUCAUCCCCUAAGACAGACAGAACCGAAAAAUGCAAGAAGUUAAGUAGAGAGGAAAGAAAAUUGGAGGCGAUUUUAAGAGCCAUCGAUCAGAUGGAGAAGGCACAGUCUAGGAAACAAGAACACCAAGCAAAACAAGCCCAUAGGCGAGAAUCAGAACCGAAUCCCGAGAAAAAGGAAGAGGAAAAACAGGAACCUAGACUAAAAAGACGAAGGCGAAAAGGUCGUGCCCGAACCGUUAGCCAGUCAGCAGCUAGAAGAAACCGCCUAAAUUCGACAGACUCAUACAUGACGUCAGGAGAUGAAAAUCUAUUAUCGCCAAAUGAAGGUCAACUCCCUAUAAAACCUUCAAAAGACAGUGAAGGAAAUGAUAGAGCUGUGGGUCUUCUUCUUGCUCUUUCUAACGGUGAUAAUGACAGCAAAGAUCACAAGUCUCCUACAAGAGAUGUUGACUCAAAUUCAAAUUCGACCCAUUCUUCUCCUGAAACACAACUUUCAUCAGCUUGUCUGCUGGUACAGGCAGCUGUAGAGCCAUUAGAACAAGGAUUCAAAUUUCCGAAAACGAAAAAAGGAUUGAUGAAUGAAUGGUUGAAUAAAGUCCCCGAACCAGUUCAGACAGCCAGUGCAAUUUCUCCGAAUUCGCUUGUUUCACCAACCAAUAAUAUGGAUGUAGAUUCCUCAAGUGGAGUUUAUGCAGCGUCAAAGAACUUAAUGUCUUUUUGUGAGGCAAACAUACAGCCACGAGGAAGUGCAAAGAAACGAUGGCUGCGACAAGCUAUAAGAGAGGACCAUUCUUGUGACAGUGGAUCAGGCAGGCCAGACUCUCCGCCAAUCAGUGAUAUGGUAGCACCUCCCAAAAAGAGGAGAUUACCACGGAAUCAUUAUCAACAGAUAACUCACCUCCUAGCACACCUACAGAACCUAGAUAAAGAUGUCAAACCUUCAGAGGGUGGUGUAGAAAUAGUUUUUAGUGGGACAGACGGGGACAGUUCAAAUCCAACCCUAGAAUCCGACGCCAUUUUAAAGGAACGAGCAGCUGUGAUGAAGCAAGAAUUUAAUAAACCUAUAUUUACCUCUAGUUUGGAUCUUCCAAGAACGGAAUUUGGAUCAUUGAAUUCAUUGGAUCCAAGACUUUCCCGCGAAAGCCGUUUUCUGGCAAAUACAGACUUAGUAGGUACAGUGGAGAAAACAUUGAGUAUACUGGGAUUUGAAAAUACAGAAAAACAUAAACCUGAGCCGAUGUUACCAAAACGGAAGGUAAAGCUCUCCAUAACAGAAUAUCGACAGAGGAAAAAAAUAACUGUUGAAGAAAAGUCAGCAGAACAAGAACAAGUUAGUACAGAGGAAAACAAUUCUUCAGAGUCAUUUAAAAUUACUCCAAGACAAAGAUCUGAUAGUGCGAGCAGUAGCACUUCAAUAACUUCUAGUGAUGAUGACCUUUCUGUAUCAGACAUCAUAGUUAAAAAAGCUCCUGUAUUUAAUUCUGAACCAACUGAACUUGAACGUCAAAGGGAAACGUCUAGCCUAAGGUUGAAAAAGGUGUUUGGAUUAUCAGUUGAUCGAGAGCCACCUCCUGCUUUGAACAUUCAAGCCAUACUAAACAUGGAAAUAGAGCCCAAGGUGAGAUCAGCCCAGCCUUUACCUGGCCAACAGUGCCAUGUCCUGGGAAAUACAGAACCUACAGCUAAGGAGUCUGAUUUACAGCCACCUGCAUCUCCAGAACAAGUUCCGAUGAUGUGCAGUCCACCGUUAGUUGUAAAAUCUCCGAAACCAGAAGCCAUGGAAACUGAAGACAUUUCUUCGCCUGAAAUUGAAAACCAGAAUCUAGAAGAGAUAGUUGAUGUCAAGGAGGAAGAAAAUAAGGAGGCUGCUCCUUUGAAUAUGUUUUAUACACCAGAUGAGGAAGAUACAACAGAGGUGGUAGAUAAGGAAGAACCUUCAGCUGUAUUUGAAGAACCAGAAAGUGUAAAUUAUGUUCCACCUUUUAACAACCCAGUGUACCCGAAUAGUAAUUUUCCCACAUUUUCAUCAACAAUUGGUAAGUAA